AUGACUAAACGCCCAACCUCAAAUGAUUACCCACGCAUCUAUCUGUUCGGAGACUCGCUGACGGAGCGGGCCUGCUACGAGGGGGAUAAUGGGUUUGCGUGGAAAUUGGAGCAAUAUUACGACGGCAGGGUGGAUGUUGUCAAUGAAGGAUAUUCUGGUCAAACCACAAAAACUCUCCGUCGCACAUUUGAAAGGGAGAUCGUCAAUAAGAUUACAGACCGCGGACCCCCUGCCCCCCUAUUCAUUACCAUUUUCCUAGGUGCCAACGACGCCUGUCUCUUAUCCUCGGGUCCUUACGUGCCAUUGCCGGAAUUCGAAGAGCACAUCCGACACUACGUGAAGAGUAUCCUGGACCAUCCCGGCGCGCAGAACACCAAGAUCAUACUGAUCACGCCCCCUCCUGUUGAUGUGCCCUCAUCCGAAAUGGACUCUGCCGACGACCUGCCCGAAGUUGCGGAGGUCAUGCAGUCCAUGGCAAAGUUAAGUAGGGGGCACAAGACGUGGGCUUCAAAGAGACUUUUUGCGGAGAAGAUUGUGGAUAUAGGGAGGGAGUUUGAAAGGCAAACAGAGCGUGUGGCGGUGUUGGAUUUUUGGACGGCCAUGACCAAGGCCAAGUGCAACGAACUGGGGUUUACUGACGAAGAGUUCCAUGACCUGGAUACCAGGGAUAUGCUCCCGGGCUCAGGAUUGCCUGGUGCGAAAAUGUUCGGGAAAGAAUUCCUGAUUGACGGGUUGCAUUUUGGGAGUCGAGUAUGUUGA